CACAUUCGUUCCCGAACGCACGCCGUCCGCGUCAACAACGACGUCGACGCACAGAAUCAUCGCAGUCAGCCCAAUAUGCCUGUCCCAUGGGAAGCCCUCAUUCCCUUCGGCCUGCUCACCACCAUGUUCGGUGCGGCGGGGACGCUACUGAAUAUCUCUAAGCGUGCGCAGAACCAAGGGAAGCCUCCCAGAUAUCAUAUAGAUCCGUGGGACGAGAUGUUGAUGGAGCGGGACAAGCGGUUGACGGGGCACAUACGAGGGCAGACGUCGAAUCCUGUGGCACCCGAAGACUUUGCCAUCAACAGCGUGUGGUACACAGAAAGGACGCGGUAGAUGCGAGCCUUGUCCUAUCCUCAUUUCGAACCUUGCUUUCGUGUACACUCCUCCAUUCUCUGCGAUGCAGUAAACCAGAACAGACCAUCGUCAAA